AUGAUUUUAGCGAAGAAGAAUGGCGCACCCCCGAAGCCUGUUGAGAGUUUUGCGUUUUUUUCUUUUCCCGUCUCUCUACAAACGGAUGGGCAUACAACUAUUGCUCUCUUUUCUCUUUUUGGGACUGCAGAGCAAUGCCCUAACCCAUUUGGCGUUGUGUCCACUCUACUGUGUGUGUGGGCAUAUUCUUUUCCACAUUGCAAUAGAAGCGACAACGAUGCUGCCGCUAUACUAUGGUGUAACUCCUUUGGUGUAGUUUGUAUUUUUCACUUGGGUUGUGUUUUUCUUGCGCGCAGGGUGUGA